CUUGCCUUUUGUGCCCAGGAAGGAAGGACCUUGCAAGGAAAGGAAUAUUUCCAGGGCUCUGCAAUCGAGAGAAAGAGACUCAGGAGCUCGAAAUCCUGAAACAACUGAUAUACCCAAGGCGAGCAUCUCCAUCUCUGGAUCCCUGGGGCCAGAUUCGAACUCUGCUCUCUUCCUUUUUAGGGUCUUUCUGGUGGACGUGGGUUGGAUAACGGAGGAGGAUUCUGCACCGGGGACGUCAUGGAAGAUGGAGAUUGUGGGAGCGUGGCCCCUUUGGGGGAGGACCGUUCUCUGGAGCCAUGCCAGAUGAUCUCAAGAGCAAUCAAAGAAGAAGUCUUUGAUGAAGAUGAAGAAUCAAUGAUAUUGGUCAAAGUGAAGGAAGAGGACUUCGAGGAUGAAGAUUCAUGGUCACUGGAGGAAGAAGGGAAAGAGGAAGUAUUUGAGGAAGAAGAAGAAUCAAUGGUGUUGGUGAAAGUGAAGGAAGAAGUCUUUGAGGAUGAAGAUUCAUGGUCACUGGAGGAAGAAGGGAAGGAGGAAGUAUCUGAGGAAGAGGAAGAAUCAAUGAUGUUGGUGAAAGUGAAGGAAGAAGUCUUCGAGGAUGAAGAUUCAUGGUCACUGGAGGAAGAAGGGAAGGAGGAAGUAUUUGAGGAGGAAGAAGAAUCAAGUAUGUUGGUGAAAGUGAAGGAAGAAGUCAUUGAGGAAGAAGAAGAAUCAAUGAUAUUGGUGAAAGUGAAGGAAGAAGACUCUGAGGAUGAAGACUCGUGGUCACUGGAAGAAGAAGGGAAGGAGGAAGUCUUUGAGGAAGAAGAAUCAAGGACACUGGAGGAAGAAGUGAAGGAGGAAGUAUUUGAGGGAGAAGCAUCAAGGACGUCGAAGGAAACCCCAGCAGAGAUUGAGUGGAGUAUACCGACUCCUUGGCUGUCGGAUGACCUUUCUGAAAUUCCAAUCGAAAUCCUGAAGGGGAAGAAAAAGAAGAAUGGCCGCUCUUCGCUUGGGAGAAAAGUCCUUCCCAAAUCCGGCCCUGACUCUCAGACAGAGGAAAAUCCCCAGGGGACCCACACUGGGAAAAAGCCCUACGCCUGCCCGACCUGUGGAAAGACCUUGAGCAACAAACGCAACCUGACCUUCCACCAAAGAACCCACACGGGGGAGAAGCCCUACAAGUGCCUCGAGUGUGGGAAGUUGUUCAGCCAGAGCUCCAGCCUCCGUAUCCACAAGAAGAUCCACACCGGGGAGAAGCCGUACAAAUGCAUGGAGUGUGGGAAGGGCUUCAGCCACAGCACGAACCUGAUCCAGCACCUCCGGGUCCACACCAACGAGAAGCCAUUCACCUGCUCGGAGUGCCAGAAGAGCUUUCGGAGCAACACCAAGCUGAACUUGCACAUGAGGGUCCACACGGCCGAGAAGCCAUACCAAUGCUUGGAGUGCGGGAAGAGCUUCAGCUACAGCUCCUACCUCCGCUUGCAUAAACGGAUCCACAAUGGGGAGAAGCCCUACAAGUGCCAGGAGUGUGGGAAGAGCUUCCACCAGAGACAGCACCUGGUGUCCCACGAGCGGACCCACACUGGGGAAAAGCCCUACGAGUGCUUUGCGUGCGGGAAGACCUUCAGCCAGAGCUCUCAUCGCAACCUCCACGAGCGGGUCCACACUGGGGAGAAGCCCUACAACUGCCUGGACUGUGGCAAGACCUUCAGCAACAACCGCAACCUGACCUUCCACCAAAGGACCCACACGGGGGAGAAGCCCUAUAAGUGCCAGGAGUGCGGGAAGUGCUUCAGCCAGAGCUCCAGCCUCCGAAUCCACGAGAAGCUCCACACGGGAGAGAAGCCGUACCAUUGCCCGGAGUGUGGAAAGAAGUUCAGCUGCCGCUCGAACCUCGUCUAUCACCAGAAGACCCACAUCAGGAAGAAUCCUUACAAGUGCUUUGAGUGUGGGAAAAGCUUCGAGCAGAGCCAGCACCUCAUGAUGCACAUCGAAAUCCACAGGAAGACAGUAGAAGUGGGUCAGGAUACACUUGUCAUAGAAGGGCCAUAAAGGAAUGUGUCCCAAUAAGGACAUGCUCCUCUGUAGGCCUCUAUAGAAAGAGGAGAGUGUCUAGAUUGAGGGAGGUCAUCGUCCCUAUAAAAGAAUGUGUCCCAAGGACAUACUCUUCUGUAGGCCUCUAUAAGAGGAGGAGUGUGUCUAGACUGAGGAAGGUCAUCAUCCCUAUAAAGAAAUGUGUCCCAAGAAGGACAUACUCCUCUGUAGGCCUCUGUAGGCGGAGGAGAGUGUCUAGAUUGAAGGAGGUCAUCAUCCCUAUAAAGGGAUGCGUCCCAAGAAGGACAUACUUCUCUGUAGGCCUCUAUAGGAGGAGGAGUGUGUCUAGAUUGAGGGAGGUCAUUGUCCCUAUAAAGAAAUGCGUCCCAUAAAGGACAUACUCCUCUGUAGGCCUCUAUAGGAGGAGAAGGAAGGUGUCUAGAUUGAGGGAGGUCAUCAUCCUAUAAAGGAAUGUGUCCCGAGAAAGACAUACUCCUCUGUAGGCCUCUAUAGGAGGAGGAGGAGAGUGUCUAGAUUGAAGGAGGUCAUCAUCCCUAUAAAGGAAUGCGUCCCGUAAUGGACAUACUCCUCUGUAGGCCUCUAUAGGAGGAGGAGAGUGUCUAGAUUGAGGGAGGUCAUCAUCCCUAUAAAAGAGUGUGUCCCAAGAAGGACAUGUUCCUCUGUAGGCCUCUAUAGGAGGAGAAGGAAGGUGUCUAGAUUGAGAAAGGUCAUCAUCCCUAUAAAGGAAGCCGUCCCAAGAAGGACAUACUCCUCUGUAGGCCUCUAUAGGAGGAGGAUAGUGUCUAAAUUGAGGGAGGUCAUCGUUCCUAUAAAAGAAUGUGUCCCAGGAAGGACAUACUCCUCUGUAGGCCUCUAUAGGCGGAGGAGAGUCUCUAGAUUAAGUGAGGUCAUUGUCCCUAUAAAGGAAUGCGUCCCAAGAAGGACAUACUCCUCUGUAGGCCUCUAUAGGAGGAGGAGAGGGUCUAGAUUGAGGAAGGUCAUCAUCCCUAUAAAGGAAUGCGUUCCAAGAAGGACAUACUCCUCUGUAGGCCUCUAUAGGAGGAGGAGGAGAGUGUCUAGAUUCAGGAAGAUCAUCAUUCCUAUAAAGGAAUGCGUCCCAAGAAGGACAUACUCCUCUGUAGGCCUCUAUAGGAGGAGGAGGAGAGUGUCUAGAUUGAGGAAGGUCAUCAUCCCCAUAAAGGAAUGCAUCCCAAGAAGGUGAUUGGAUUAAAUAUAUACGUAGCAUAAGGAGCUAAUAUGAUAUGCACACAUGAUUUCCUGUAAAUCAGGUGUUUCUGAGGAAAUGAAAGCUUAUAGUAACUUAGUAGUAUGCGUGAGCAUGCUUGAGCCAAUAAGACAGAAACUCCAGAUUUCUAAGAAUUCAUGUUCUGCUGGGGAAAUCGGAAGUUAACUUUGGAAAAGAGUGUAAAAAGCCCAUUGUUCUGUACCAAAGGUGAGGUAGUUUGGUUUCCCUUGCAAUAGCAAAAUUGCCUGUUUUCUGGCCAGAAAAUAAAUCUGGUUGUUUUCACCUGA